CCUUAGGUAGCAGGUAUGGUUUUGGGUUGAGUCUUGAAAAUGGGUAGGAGUUUGCCAGCCAGGAAAGGAGAGGAGAUAUGCAAGGCCCAGAGGCCUGAAAGAGCAUGCAGUGUUGUGGGAACUCUUCUGUGGGAACAGAACUUGGUGUGGGAGUGAGGUGGGGCUGGGAAGCUUGGAUCCCUGGGGGUCUGGGUGCUGAACAAGGAGUUUGGCCAUUACCUGUGGGCCAAGGACAUCCGUUGGCUUGUCAGCAGGCGCAGGACAGACACAGAACUGUCACUUAGAGAACCAGCUGCCACAGGAUAGGAAGUUAUUGCUGGGUCCUGCUAACUGGUGUUGAGGGUUUGAGAAGGCAGUGGAAGUGCAGAGGAGAGCCUGGAUGCAGGAGAAGCUUCUGAGGAAAACCACCAGCAUCCAGUGGGGAGGAAAGCACCACGACUAACCUGGUGGAACACGUCCCCUUCAAAUGUUCUUUGCUGGUGCCUGGGUAAAUGCCACGCUUCAGCCUCCCGGGACCUCUAAGGAUGCAAAAUGAAGCCUGUAGCAUGGUCAGCUAGGCCCUGAUCGUUGCCUUCUGCCGGUCGCGGUGUGGUGGAGGUCACUGCUUAAGCCGCCCUGCAGGUGGUGCUGUAGAGACGGCCUGGCAGCCGAGCGUGCGCAGUGCAUACUGGGCAGGGGGCGGGGUUGCACAAACCCGGAAGCGGAGUACCCCACGUGGGGAUACGGAGGGGGCUGUCGCGGCGAUUGGGCUACCUGGUUUUGGACAAUUUUUGAGCUAGGAGGCUGGGCUGUUCGUUUCUCUGUCUGAGGAGGCGGGGUAGGUGCAACCAUGGAGGCCCCUUAACCUGUGUUCGGGCCUGGCAGCAGGCCUGGUCUGGAGUGACAGCUCCUGAGAAUGCUGCAGCGGUUAUCGACCAUGGCGCUGCUGUCAGCGCUUGGGGGCACGACCUGGCGUUGCUCCGGUCACCUCGCACGUCAUUUCUCCCAAACGACUUGGCGUGGGGAGCGGCCGCGUGGGGAGCGGCCGGGUGGAGAGGAACUACGGCGCCUGCUGCUGGAUGACCUGGCGCCUACCUCGCGGUCCUCCAGCGGUCUGGAACUUCUGUUUGGCCUGUCCCCGUGUCUUCUGGCUCUGCGGGCCUCCCGCCGCCGGGUGGCCCGGCUCUUGCUCCAGGCCGGCAGGUCCGGGCUGCAAGGAGGGCGUGCCGAGCUGCUCCGUGUGGCUGAAGCACGGGACAUUCCAGUUCUACGGCCCAGACGGCAGAAGCUGGACGCCCUGUGCCGCCACCAGGUCCACCAGGGCGUCUGCAUGGAGGUGAGCCCGCUGCGGCCCCGGCCCUGGACGGAGGCUGGGGAGGCCAGGCCAGGAGAUGACCCCCAGCAGCUGUGGCUCGUGCUCGAGGGGCUCCAGGAUCCUCGGAACCUUGGGGCGGUGCUGCGCUCUGCUCAUUUCCUCGGCGUGGAUAAGGUCAUCACCAGCCGGAGAAACAGCUGCCCACUCACUCCGGUAGUCAGCAAGGCCAGCGCGGGGGCUAUGGAGGUGAUGGACGUCUUCUUCACUGAUGACCUGGACAAUUUUUUACAGGCCAGAGCCCGGCAGGGCUGGCUCGUGGCUGGCACGGUGGGCUGCCCCGGGCCCGAGAUUUCCCCGUCCUCUGGGGUCCCCAUCACCAGCUGCCUGGAGUUCCUCUGGGACCGGCCUACUCUGCUAGUGCUGGGGAAUGAGGGCUCUGGCCUGUCCCCAGAGGUGCAGGCCUCCUGCCAGCUCCUCCUCACCAUCCUGCCCGGCCGGCAGCUGCCUCCUGGACUGGAGUCCUUGAAUGUCUCCGUGGCUGCAGGAAUUCUUCUUCACUCCAUUUGCAGCCAGAGGAAGAGUAUUCCUGAAGAAGGGAAGAGAGGGCAACUUCUCCAAGGCCCCAGGGAGUCCUCAGCUAUGGCCGAAGGGCCCAGAGUAGCUCAGGACCCGGGGCAGUCCUCAGGACCAGAAAAAGUGAGGCAAGGCGGGGACUGACUUGGACCGAUGGAAACGUGUGCGUGCCGGAGGGCAGGGACAGACUGCCGUGCCUUCAGAGGUGCUGGUCUCCUGCCUGGUGCGCAGCCAGGCUCUGUUUAUUAAUCUCCAGCUUGCAAAGCAGGGAGUUUUGUGGUGGAGACUGGAGGAGGUUCAGUUUUCUGUUUUGGGUUUGGACUUGCAGCUGGAGAUGGUAGCCCGUUAAUUUCUAGGAUGUGCUAGUUCAGAGGGUCUGCUUCCACCCAGGUCCUGCCUGGGCAAGGAGGGCAGUCUAGACAUCAGAAGGGAACCGGGCAGCUCUGCCCAGGGGUCCUCUCUGUUCCCCUUGAGCCAGCGUGAGGAUGGAGAGGGAGGCCGGGGCCUCCUGUGGGCCAGACCCUGCCCCAGCUCCGCCUCUGGCAUGUGGCUUCAUCUCUAUGUGCCUCAGGGCCCUUGCUGGCACCACCCUCUCGGGGCUGUUGUGAGGCUCAAAUAAAACACCUGGUGCCCAGA